AUGAAUCCUUUAGAUGCAUUAGAAGCAAAUUUGAAAAAUAAACACCUUGUGGUACUAGAGUUAAUUUGGAAUUCGAACCAUGUCUCUGAUGAUCCAGGAAAAGAAAAUAAAGUACUUGAGAAUCUACAACCAUCCAAACACUUGGAACAUUUGUCAAUCCUUAACUAUGGUGGUACACAAUUCCCAAGUUGGGUAUUCGACAAUUCAUUAUCAAAUUUGGUGUCCUUAUGGUUGGCCGACUGUAAAUAUUGCCUAUGUUUGCCUCCCUUUGGACUUUUGUCAUCUCUAAGGAUUCUACAGAUUAUAGGGUUUGAUGGAAUAGUGAGCAUUGGUGCUGAAUUUUAUGGGGCAAACCGUUCUUCGUUCAAGUCGUUGGAAAUAUUGGUAUUCUACUCCAUGAAGGAAUGGGAAGAAUGGGAAUGUAAAACUACUUCUUUUCCACGUCUUCGACAUCUUUCUAUCGAUAGAUGUCCCAAGUUGAAAGGUCUCUCAGAGCAACUUCUUCAUUCAAAGGAACUAACUAUUCAUUAUUGUGAUGAGCUCAUCAUUAGUGAAAACAGCAUGGACACAUCGUCGCUUGAAAUCUUGAAUAUUUAUUCAAGUCCAUUUGUGAGUAUUCCCACUACCCAUAAUGAUUUCCUUGAAGUAAUAAAGAUUAGUGGUGGCUGCGACUCUCUUACAAUUUUUCCGCUAGAUUUGUUUCCAAAGCUUCGUUUACUUAAAUUGCAAAGGUGCCAAAACUUACGAAGAAUUUCACAAGAGCACCCUCAUGAUCAUCUCAAUGAACUAACAAUUGAAGAUUGCCCUCAAUUUGAAUCAUUCCCCAGUGAAGGGUUACUUGCACCGUGGCUCCAAAAAAUUGCAAUUCAAGGAACAGGGAAUUUGAAGUUGUUGCCAAAACGCAUGAAAAUCCUGCUUCCAUCUCUUAAUAACCUGCGGAUAAUUGAUUGUCCACAAGUGGAGAUUCUCUCAGAAGAAGGUUUGCCAACAAAUGUAAAAUAUGUGUCUCUUUCAAGUUUAAAACUUAUUGUCUCCUUGAGAGAAACCUUGGAUGCCAACACAUGUCUUGAAUGGUUGUUUAUUGAAAAUGUGGAUGUGGAGUCUUUUCCAAAUGAAGGUUUGCUGCCACGCUCUCUCACCAAUUUACGAAUCUUUAAUUGCCCAAAUCUUAAAAAACUGGACUAUAAGGGUCUCUGUAACCUUUCUUCUCUCACACUUCUUCACUGUCACAACCUUCAAUGUUUACCGGUGGAGGGUCUACCCAAAUCCAUCUCUUCUCUAACAAUUCAGGAUUGUCCAUUGCUCCAACUGCGUUGUCAGAAUCCUGAUGGCGAAGACUGGUUAAAGAUCGCUCAUAUUAAAGAAUUGAUAAUUGGGGAAUAA